AUAUUUGGUUUUGGUUUUUGAAAUCCUAUUCCUACUAGCUUUUAGGUCAUUUUACUAAAAGUUACAAUCAGCUCCAACUGUCUUGCAAAAUUACCAAAGUAAAACUAACAGAGAUCAAGGCCUGUGAUUACCACCUUUAGUUCACUUUUUUAAUUCAUAUUGACAGGACCAAAGUGAUCAAGUGAUCAGACUAACACACUAGAAGUUAUUAUUUGGUUUUUGCUUCAUUGGAGCCAGUUGUAUUGGUCAUUGCUAUUAUACAGAUUGUGGUUUUGGCAGAAAACGGUUUGAACAGAAAAUGUAACGGUGCUAAUUGGAAAUGUUGACCAGUCAGCCACACCUCUAGCUGAGGUUUCCGUGAGGACAGCCAGCAAACCAACCUGCGUGUAGGUGAGACAAAACAGACUUGAAAAUCCCCUGUGCAGUCAUAAAAUACUGAUGUAUUCAAAGCAGAGUGUAUGUGUCUAUAUGUGUAUUUCUUCCAUGGCUGCAAGAUAACAAUCUGUAACACUUGAGAACACAGAUCAUCGCAGAGCUGUGGUAAAGCAUUUUCAGGACCACUGUCUCCUCUCAACUUUGACGUUUUUACCAUUCAUCACCUCUGAGCAGAAGACAGAUGGUGCUGCAGUGAGAAAAAAUAGGCAGAUGUAGCUGUUGAGAGAACAGACAGUGUUCACACUGUGCACAGAGAUGGGUUAACCACAUGCCGAGUUGUUGGGAGGGGAGGGCGAAGAAAGUGCAGCCAUGAAAGAUAAGCUCUACACCUUCACAAAAAAACGCAAAGCGCAUUAAAUGCCAGCAUGGGCAGAAUGCAGAAGAAGGCAAACGUGGCAGCCGUACAGCAGUUACUUGUAUUUUGAAAAACAAAAUAUUCUGCACAUUACACCAGGAAACGUCUUGUGGAUGUAUGUCUUAGGAGCAUGUGAGCCUCCUAUUUUUGCCCUGUUGGUAUUUUGACAUCUUAAGCAACAUUUUGUGCUGUUUAGGACGGAAGCUCUCAAGACAGAAGAUUACAGCAUGUGGAGAAAUGUACUAAUAGUGUAGAGGAGAGAGAGCACAUGAACUAACUGAACCAUCCCAACACAUACAGUUAUACAUGCACAUAAACGGGUCACUAUGUUUGUGUCCAGGGCAGUUCACAGUCCAGUUAAUGGGACCACAGCCAUCCCGUGGAGGGGCAGCAGGAAGAGACCAUCGCUGCUGGAGCAGCUGAAAGGCUGUCAGGAGGCCUGGUGCCCCGGUGCACCCUGGGAUAGAGAAGGGGCCCAUGCUGCUAUCUGUGGAACACCUGCUGGGAGUUUCCUGGUUGUGCGGGACGCCGUGACGUCUCAGCCCACCGUGCUGUGUGUCUCUGCUGGAGGAGAAAAUGAAAGUGUUCUUGAUUAUAAAAUCAAAAGCACAGGCACAGCGUUCCAGUUGUCUGAGUCUCGUCUUUCUUUCUCUGACUUGGCUCAGCUGGUGCUCUUCUACUCUCUGACGAGGGAUGUGUUGGCCGUUUGUCUAUGGAUUCCUCGGUGGAUCUACAGUGUAACCGACAAGAACAAAGAUCAUCUCUCUCAGCUUGAACCCAAAACUUGGCUCCGCUCACCACCUGAGCAACAGACUGAUGAAAUGUCUCACAAGGAGCCAAGCAAUGUAUUGUGCUCCAUACAGCUGACUUCCACCAAUGGGGCCCUGUGUGUCAUCAAUCCCCUCUACGUUUGUGAACAUGGAGAUGAUUGGCUGACCCGCGGGGCGAGUACUGUACAGUGGGCCACACAACCAUCAAAUUACAGGCGAGAGCAACGCCUCAGCACCACUCGAACAUGGGCAGGGGCAGGGUUACAAAGUAAACGGGCCAUCUCAUUGGACCAGGAACCCUCUGCUGCCAGUACGGAGAAUUCUGGUCUAACCAGAGCCAAAUCAACUGAUUCAUCACAUUCCCCCACAACCCCAACAACACCAGCUGCUCUAGCAGGGGUGGUCCUCAGGAGGCCCAGCCGAGAUUCUGCCUGCAGCUCCCCACAAAGAGCAAGCACGGGGAGCCUGCCUCCAUCUACUCCCUCCAACGCUGAAAGUUUAAAUUGCGCAGCGUCCGAGAUGCAGCACCAUUACAGCCCCGUGCCUCAGUCUCCUCACAGGGUGUCCUGGAUCGAAGAUGGAGUCUGGCUACCCCCACCCAGGCCUUCCUCAAUGCUCCAGCCCCCAUCUCUAGAGCUUGACUCGCUGUCAAUCAGCAGCAUAGAGGAAGAGCAGGAGGCCCAAAUGCCAAGCCCCACACCCCACCAACCAUCAGCACACCGUUUGGCUGACAAGGUCAUACAUCGGUUCUCGGCGGUGGGCCAGGCGCUCAGUGGGCUGGUAUGUCAGAAGAAAAGACUGACCCAUCGUGUGCACGAGCUGAGUGAGCGGAAAGGCGGUGUGUUCGCAGAGGCUGUGAGAGGAUUCGUGGAGAUGACGCGGAGGAGAGGCGCUGACAUCGGUGGGGUCACGGGGACAGAGUUCUUACAGGAAGUGAGGUCAUCGCUUACGUCACUUAAGGAGACACUGUUGGACUACCCGGAAAUCCAGAUAUUGUUGGACAGCAUUACUGAUCUAAGUGACCCAGAGAUGGACUCGUUGGUGGAGCUCUCCAUCCACAAGGUGGCUCUGAAGCCCGUCUCCGCCCACCUCUACUCGUCCGUUUGCACCUCACGCGCCAGUGAUGGCAGCCUCGAGCGUCUCCAGAGCAACCUGCGCGUGCUGGAAAAGAAUGGGGUGGAGGAGCUCGGGGGGUCGGCGGGAGUCGGAGUUCCUGACUCUGUCAGCCUGGAGCGGAUCCAGCAGAGAUGGACGACAAUGCAUGAAGCCUACUCCCCGAACAAGAAGAUCCAUAUCCUGCUCAAAGUCUGCAAGAGCAUCUAUCACAGCAUGAGUGUUAAUGCCAGCUCAGUUACAGUAUUCGGAGCAGACGAUUUUCUGCCCUGCUUGACAUGGGUGCUGCUCCGUAGCGACGUGGUCACCUUGCAGCUAGACACAGACUACAUGAUGGAGCUGCUGGACCCCACGCAGUUACAGGGAGAGGGUGGCUACUACCUUACAACUCUAUACGCCUCUCUCUACUACAUCAGCAGUUUCCGUCCACGAUUGGCGGCUCGUCAGCUCAGCGUAGAAGCCCAACACUCUCUUAACCAGUGGCAUCGCAGGCGCACCCUGCACUGCCACCAAUCUCGUCGUAGCAAGCAUCGACGGACCAUUCGCAGGCAGAUGUGUCGGGAGAGGGGGUCACAGAACCCUGAGACAGGGAUUGGCACUAAAGAGGAAAGUGGAAAAGGAAAUGUUUUUGUUUAUACUGAUGAGGCACUGCAGCAGACAGAAAGCAGUGUAGAGGCUCUGCAGCAACUUAGAGAGGAGACAGGGAGAGGACAAGGAGAUGAGGAACAAUCACAGAUGUCUACUCCACUGUCAGACUGUCACCAGCAAGAGGUAAUAAGGAGCAAACAGGAAGACAGACAGACUCUAUGUACAGCAGAAGAAGAGGACCAAAGAGGACUGUAAUGGAGAGAAGAGGAAGAAAGGGACUGGGAUGAAAAAUAUGUCCCAUCCUGCUCAAAUUCCUCUUCUAAAGGGGCCAGAGAAAGCUUUUGGUUAGUGUUGCUAACGAACUGGUGUCAGUAAAUUAUGAAAAUGUGUCGCCCCAUUCACUGGUUGGGACUCCUCUAGGGUCUCAAGAUCAAUCUGAAGGGUCACAAGAUGAUUAUGCAAUGUGGUAAACAAACACAAGUUCGGAUGUUGUAUUUGAUGCUCAAGUUUUGUCUCACCUUAUUUUUUUUAUUCAUGUAUAGAUGCUAUUAAAUUUGGUAAGGUACAACAUGAAUUUGAAUUCUUUUAUAUGCUGUUUAAUUUAAACUAAUGUCAUUUAAGACGUGUAAAUAUAUUAAUAUGAAAAUAAUAAUUUGCAAAGAGAGUAAAGUAAUAACAUGAAAAGUCUGUUUUUGUUGACUGUCUUGUGUUUGUCUUGUAUGUCUUCAGCACCAUGUCCAGCAGCUGUUUUCACCUAAAUAGCUCUGAUAAAUCCAGCCCGCGCUUCUCAUAUAUUAUUAUUACAGAAAAUCAUUUCGCUAAAAAGCCAGAUAUUCUCCUCAAGUAGGUGGAGACUAAAACAGAGCUUAAAGUUAAGUGAAUAGUGGACUUAGAUUUAUCAGAGCAGAAAUAUGAGUCCAAAUAAAUACUUAGUAGGCGACUGUCUGCUAUGGAGUUAGCAGUGACAUCUUUAUGUUGUCUUACAGUAGAUAUGUCUUUUUCUGCUUGUUGAAAAGUUCUUUUCCUCACAAGUGGCCAAAAAUUCAAAAUCAAUUAA